AUGUUGUAUGAUAUGAUAGUAGACCUGCCCAAAGAUGGAAACAAUGACUCUAUCCUAGUCAUCGUGGAUAGCUUUACCAAAUAUGUCAUUCUGGUAGAGUGCUCUAAGAAACUCAAAGCCCCGGAAUUAGCAGACCUAUUUCUACGCCACAUAUGGAAACGCUACGGCAUGCCUGAGAAGACAGUAUCAGACCGCGGACGGGUUUUUAACAACAAGUUCCUAAAAGCCCUGUACCAACGCUUAGGGAUAGACCCCCACUUCUCCUCAGCCUACCACCCGCAAAGUGACGGGCAGACGGAGCGCGUAAAUCCCACGGUUGAACACUUCUUGCGGGCCUAUUCAGGAGUAAACCAAAGGGACUGGGUCAAAUGGCUACCAAUGGCGGAGUUUGCCUACAACAACGCGGUGCAUAGUUCAACAGGCAAAACUCCUUUUAAAGCACUAUACGGUUGGGAACCCUCCUUGACCCCAAGUAACGUUCCAACAGACGUCCCUGAGGCAGACAACUUGGCAACCCAAAUGGAGGCACAAUGGCAGGAAAUAGAGGCUGUGCUCUGGCAAUCAAAGACAUGCAUGGUAGCCGGAGAAACAGGAGAACCACUCAAAUUUGAAGUUGGGGAAGAAGCCUGGCUAGACGCCAAAAACGUGAAGCUAAAAACCCUGAGCCCUAAGCUGACCAAACAACGCCUAGGCCCCUUCAAGAGCAUACGGCUAGAACUCCCGCCAACAAUGAGAAUCCACAAUGUCUUCUAUGUGGGUCUUCUGUCAAAAGUCAAAAGGGACAAAAAGCGCAGCUUCAAGAACCGGCCUCCACCUGUCACCGUGGAUGGAGAAGAAGAAUACAAGGUCGAAGGGAUCACAGACAUGGAAGAAAGGGACAGGAAAUGGUUUUUUAGGGUAAAAUGGAAAGGCUACGGAUCAGAGGAGAAUACCUGGGAACCAAGGGAAAACCUCAAGAACGCCAAAAAAAUCCUAGAAAAAUUCAAAAAGGAAAUGAAAAAGAAGGCCCUCAGCGCUGCCAAGGCCCUUAGAGGGGGGGCAGUGUGUAGACACAGUUGA